ACCGCAGCAGGAGGUCCAGUCAUGAUCGAUAGGAAUCUGCGGGACAAGAAAGCACAAGGACUCCAGGGAAGAAGUUGAGUUAGUUGACCUGUCCAGUCCACUCAUUGCAUAUGUUAUGGUGAGGUAACAGGACACCACAGCAUGCAUUUGUUUCUCUGCAGGAGCAGCAACAGUAGCAACAUCCUCAUGUUCCACAGCACAGAGGUUUCCAUGGUGAGGCAUUGUAGCAUUUUUCACCUGCUUCAGUAGAAGAGCUUAACCAAAGAGUCACAGUAAUCUAAGAAGGACACUGGUGGUAUCCAAUAUGUCUGCAGUGGUAAAAACAAUGAUCCAAGCCCGUCCUGUGGACAAAGGGUCCUUCCUGUCUACCAACAUCCCAUUUCUGGACAGCAGUCCUGAUGCAUUCUCAACCAGUUUCCAGGAGGACUUCCAGCCUUUUUCUUUCAAGAAGGCAGAACCUGUUAGUCAGCCAACCCCAGCUCAAGUGGACCACAAGGACUUGAGGUACAUCAAGGAGCACGAGACAGAGACGAUGGUGUCCUACAAGCGUCACCCUGUGCCGCAGGUGACCCACACCCCUGGCUGGACCAAAUUUAACACCAACUUCAAGAUGCAAACGGACCCUAGAGAGGAUGCUUUCCUCACCAACCAUUCUCAGAAAUUUCGGCCCCAUCCCUUCCAGCCUCCUCUGGCUCCCAUCCGACCAAUAUCAGCUUUCAGGAAUAUCCAGAAAGUGGAAAAGCUCCCAGAAAGCACCAGCAAAGCCUCCUUCACUCCGCAGCAUGGCUCUCCUGUUGUAAAAGCCAAGGCUAAACAUCUAGAAGAGGGCUUUCCCACAAUCAAAGGGGACGGACGCCCAUGCAGUUUUGUCUCCCAGUACAACAACACCUUCCAGGGAGCCUGGAGCAGAGCUGCUCAACCUGUGGAAAAGCACACCUCCUCCGUGGCUAUGGGCGAUCCUGUGAAGAUUAUAGAAAGAGAGACGACUCACGCUGCGUCAUUCAGCCGGCCCACAGUUUGCAGCCCACCUGUGGUUAAACGGCAUUUGACAUUCAACCUUGGACAUUUCGUUAAGGACUCUUGGUCAUCCACGUCCAGGGAGGCUUUUUGUUACAACAAGCCGAGAGAUCCAGUUGUUCUAAUAAGGAGGAACCGAAAUUCCAGUUCCUUACCCAAAGGGGACACUGAUACAAGGCGCAAUAAAGAGAGGAUGUCCGUCACCACCAACAGAACCUCCUUCUCCGAUCUGAACCACACUGGACGUCCAGUGCAUGUGUCAGGGUCUGACCUAAUGACCAAAAGCCACGUACAGUUCAGCUCACCCAGUUUGUCGGGCCUGUACUACACAACCACAGCCAAAGAACACUACCGCAAACAGGACGGCGUGCCAGCCAGACCAGCCACCCAACUUUCGAGCAACAUACUGAGGGGACCAGUCUGUUUGGCAGAACACGGGCCAAACUUCAGCACCACCAAGAGUGACUACCCCCCUUUGAAGACCUACAGAAAGACACCUCACCUGCCACAGCAGAGGAGCAACAUCAGGUUCCCACUGGCCCAUCCACAGUUCAGCACCACCCACAGUGAAAACUACACCACCAAACCUUUGAUCUCGCAGCAUCCCUACCCUAACCAGUUCCACUCUCAUUUUGUCAUGCAGUGACCGAGAAUACACAGCUUGCCCUCUUGCUCUUGUGAUCUUCCUCACCUCCUAAUAAAAAGACAGUCAAACUCAAGAAUGUUUUUUUCUUUCUGAAAAAGUUGCUGAGUCUAAUUUUGUCGAUUAAUAUUGAUAUACUGUAAGUGAACUAAGACUGCACUUUGGGCAGAUGCAUGCAGUUGCUGCACAGACAAUAAAAUACAACCAAAUAAUCUGCAACUCAACACUGAAAGUCAUGCAAAAUUAAGUACCACUAAGUUGUGCUCUGAUGGAAACUGUUCUGAGUCUUUCCUUCACAUACUGUCUCACAAUGAAAUGCUGAAAAUUAUGCAAAGAAAUCAUAGUAUUGGUUACAUUUAGCUUCUCUGUGCGACUAUAGGGCCUCUAGAC